UGUACGUGUCGGGGGCGGAGUUCCCAGACGGCCCUUGCAGCAUGGCCGCCGGCGCCGCCGCCGCCUUAGCGUUCCUGAGUCAGGAGAGCCGAGCCCGGGCCGGAGGGAUCGGGGGUCUGCGGGUCCCGGCUCCGGUCACGAUGGACAGUUUUUUCUUCGGCUGUGAGCUCUCCGGCCACACCCGCUCUUUCACCUUCAAGGUAGAAGAAGAAGAUGAUUCGGAGCAUGUGCUGGCUUUGACCAUGCUCUGCCUCACUGAGGGGGCCAAAGAUGAGUGUAAUGUGAUAGAAGUCGUGGCCAGGAAUCAUGACCACCAGGAGAUUGCAGUCCCUGUAGCCAACCUCAAGUUGUCCUGCCAACCCAUGCUCAGUUUGGAUGACUUCCAGCUCCAGCCACCUGUAACCUUCCGCCUAAAGUCAGGUUCUGGCCCUGUGCGGAUCACUGGGAGGCACCAGAUUGUUACUAUAAGCAAUGACGUUUCUGAGGAAGAAGAGAGUGAAGAAGAAGGUAGUGAGGAGGAGGAAGCUGAGUUGUGCCCCAUCCUGCCUGCCAAGAAGCAGGGGGGUAGGCCCUAGCCUCCUUGGUCAGCUAGCUACAUGUGCCAUGCACCAUGUUCCUGUACAAGUUUCAAGAAAUUUAAAUGUGUCUUCUCCGUUGAAGAGGAUGGGUGGGUGGGUGGGGUCUUGGGCUGGUGCUAGGAGAGAGGGUGGUCCUAUCCCUCAUAGAGCCCUGGUAUUUUUCUAAUCUUAUGCCCUACCUGGGACUUCCCUUUUCUCCAGGAUUGGGAGGAACUCUGAACUUCUGUCCUCACCCUCUCUCCCCACUUGCCUAUGAGAUUGGAGAUCAGCAUCUGAAGCUCAGGACUGCACAUUUUUAAUACUUUUUACAUUUUUGGAUAAAGGUUGAAAUAAAGUGAUAUGGAGUUUUUUGCAA